GCGAGUCGCGGGAAAACAGACCGGAAGCAGUUCAGUUUUUGCCGCGGAAUAGACUCUCUGAGCAGCUUUGUCUCUGGCCGGUUACAUCCAGCGUGUUUUUCUUUGAAAUCAAGAGAAACUAGUCCACGGCUCCAGCUUUCCUUCGUGCCGUGUUGUUCAGCGACCUGGUGGACUCAGCAUGUCCGGCUUCGACGACCCGGGAGUGUACUUCAGCGACAGCUUCGGAGGCGGAGAGGGACAUGGCGUGGACGAAGGCGGACAUAAGAGGAUCCAGAUCAAGAAACGGUUCCGAGAGUUCCUCCGCCAGUUCCGAGUGGGGACCGACCGCACCGGCUUCACAUAUAAAUACAGGGAUGAUCUGAAGAGGCACUACACCCUGGGGGAGUACUGGGUGGAGGUGGAGAUGGAGGACCUGGCCAGCUUUGACGAGGAUCUGUCCGACUGUCUCUACAAGGUGCCGUCGGAGAACCUGCCGCUGCUGGAGGAAGCGGCCAAGGAGGUCGCCGACGAGGUGACCCGGCCCCGGCCUGCAGGGGAGGAGACGGUCCAGGACAUCCAGGUCAUGUUGAAGAGCGACGCACAUCACGCUUCCAUCCGUGGCCUCAAGUCUGAGCAGGUGUCUCGUAUGGUGAAGGUGCACGGCAUCAUCAUCUCGGCCACGGCGGUGAGGGCCAAGGCCACCAAGGUGUGUCUGCAGUGUCGCGGCUGUCGCGGCAUCAUAAACAACAUCCCUCUGCCUCCGGGCCUGCAGGGCUACGCUCUGCCACGCAAGUGCAACAGUGAGAAUGCCGGCGCGAAGUGUCCCGUGGACCCCUACUUCAUCAUCCCAGACCGCUGCGUUUGCGUCGACUUCCAGACCCUCCGCCUGCAGGAGUCUCCGGACGCGGUUCCUCACGGAGAGAUGCCCCGCCACCUGCAGCUCUACUGCGACCGGUAUCUGUGCGACCGUGUUGUCCCGGGCAACAGAGUGACCAUCAUGGGCAUCUAUUCCAUCAAAAAGAUGGCGGCCACGAAGGCCAGAGGCAAUGAGAAAAGUGCCGGCGUGGGCAUCCGUGCGUCCUACCUGCGAGUGGUCGGCAUCCAGGUGGACACCGAAGGCGCAGGUCGUGGUGCUACCGGCUCCGUCACUCCGCUGGAAGAGGAGGAGCUGCGAGCGCUGGCUGCUUCUCCCAACGUCUACGGCUCUCUGGCACGCUCCGUCGCUCCCUCCAUCUACGGCAGCGAAGACCUAAAGAAGGCCAUCACCUGUCUGCUGUUUGGGGGUUCAAGGAAGAGGCUGCCCGACGGUCUCACUCGUAGAGGCGACAUCAACCUGCUGAUGCUCGGAGAUCCCGGCACAGCCAAGUCUCAGCUGCUCAAGUUUGUGGAGAGAUGCUCGCCUAUCGGGGUUUACACCUCGGGGAAAGGCAGCAGUGCGGCCGGCCUCACCGCCUCCGUGCUCAGGGACCCCAACACUCGCGGCUUCAUCAUGGAGGGGGGGGCCAUGGUGCUGGCCGACGGCGGGGUCGUGUGCAUCGAUGAGUUUGACAAGAUGAGAGAGGACGACAGAGUGGCCAUCCACGAAGCCAUGGAGCAGCAGACCAUCUCCAUCGCCAAGGCCGGCAUCACCACCACCCUGAACUCUCGCUGCUCGGUGCUGGCUGCGGCUAACUCCGUGUUCGGCCGCUGGGACGACACCAAGGGGGAGGACAACAUCGACUUCAUGCCCACCAUCUUGUCCCGUUUCGACAUGAUCUUCAUCAUCAAAGACCACCACGACCAUCAGAGAGACAUGACGCUGGCUCGCCACGUGAUGAAUGUUCACCUGAGCGCUCGGACGCAGACCGAAGGAGUCGAGGGCGAGAUUCCCCUGGCCACCUUCAAGAAAUACAUUGCCUACGCCAGAACUAAAUGCGGCCCGCGGCUGUCGGCGGCGGCUGCGGAGAAGCUGAAGAACCGAUACGUGGUGAUGAGGAGCGGAGCAAGGGAGCACGAAAGAGAGAGCGACAAAAGGCCCUCCAUCCCCAUCACUGUCAGGCAGCUGGAGGCCGUCGUGCGUAUCGCCGAGUCGCUGGCCAAGAUGAAGCUGCAGGCCGUGGCCGGAGAGGAAGAGGUGGACGAGGCCCUCCGACUCUUCCAGGUUUCCACGCUGGACGCAGCGCUGUCGGGCAGUCUUUCAGGAGUGGAGGGCUUCACCUCCCAGGAAGACCAGGAAGUGAUCUCGCGCGUUGAGAAGCAGCUGAAGCGACGCUUCGCUAUCGGCUCGCAGGUGUCGGAGCACAGCAUCGUGCAAGACUUCACCAAACAGAAGUAUCCGGAGCACGCCAUCUACAAAGUCCUGCAGCUGAUGUUGCGGCGCGGCGAGCUGCAGCACCGCAUGCAGAGGAAAGUGCUCUACAGAGUCAAGUAGAGCCAACCGGGCUCUGAACACGUGACCGUGUUGUUGAUGUAAAUAGUUUUGUUUUGUUCUGCCUAUCUGGGAUUUUUUUGUAUUUG